CGCGCCGGGAAAACAGAGGCGGAAGGCGAGCGCGGGUCGAGCCCUGCAGUUGCGGAGGUGAAUUCGGAAGAGCGAGACGACACCCCCGUGAGAACCUGGAGGCGAGGCGAGUGGCCUGAUCCCAGGGUAGUGCGGGGCGGGAGAGUCAGUGAUCCCAUUCUACCCCAGGUCCGGCCGGAUGGACUCAGCAUUGACUGAUAAAGAAAGCAGUCCCAAGUGAAGAUGUCCUCCAGUGAGGAGGACUCCCCCGGCCGUUCCGCCUAGGCCGUGAGCACGCGAGUAGCGGGGCUGGAGCCUUCAGGGACAGGCUCGCCCAGCGGAAGGAAAGAAGUAAGGGACACCAGUAAAGACCCACGUUUAUUAGCGCUAUUGAGCGCCUUCUAGGUUAAACCCUCAAAGCACUCCUGUGACCAAAGCCACAUAAUGUCAGUAGUUCGUUCAUCCGUCCAUGCCAAAUGGAUUGUGGGAAAGGUGAUUGGAACAGCAAUGCAAAAAACAGCUAAAGUGAGAGUGACCAGGCUUGUUUUGGAUCCCUAUUUAUUAAAGUAUUUUAAUAAGCGUAAAACCUACUUUGCUCAUGAUGCUCUUCAGCAGUGCACAGUUGGGGAUAUUGUGCUUCUCAAAGCUCUACCUGUUCCACGAACAAAGCAUGUGAAACAUGAACUGGCCGAGAUCAUUUUCAAAGUUGGACAAGUUAUAGAUCCAGUGACUGGAAAACCCUGUGCAGGAACUACCUACCUCGAAAGCCCAGUCAGCUUGGAAACCACCUGCCUAACCAAAAAUCUGGAAGAACUCAAUAGCUCUUCAGCACAGUGAAGGAGGAUUGGAAGAAGGAGCCAAAGGGAAAGAUCUAUAUGUUUGCUUUAUGGAAAAAGGAAAUUUUUCUAAGUUUCAUUACAAAGUGUCCAAUUUCUCUUCCAGUAUUUAUGGAAUAGCUAAAAGUAAAUGAAGUAAAGGCCUUGUUAAAUGCUCAUAAAA